AACUAGCCUCACGGACGGCGUAGACGAGCCGAGCCGGGGCCGCUGCUGGCGAGUGGGUCGGGGAAACUCCCUCAAGAGGCCGGCUCUGCGGUCCGGCGGGGGCUGCUGGGAACCGAGUUGCGGCGCGUGGGGCCCGCAGUUCCCGCGGGUCAGUGAAGGAAGUCGGUGGCGGCCCCGGGAGGGGGGGCGGGCGUCAGUCAGGGCUAACCUUGAACUGUGAUCACUUCCUGAGAAGCUGAGAUUAAGGGGCUGCAAGCUAUCUUACUUCACCCAUAAGCUGUAAGAAAUUAUAGAAAUCAUCUCUUCCUGUUCUGCAUAGCAGGUGACUUAUACACAGCAAAUCAUGGCACUCCCAUUUCGGAAGGACUUAGAGAAGUACAAGGACCUGGAUGAAGAUGAGAUUCUUGGGAACCUGUCAGAAAUGGAACUGAAACAACUGGAAACUGUUCUGGAUGAUCUUGACCCUGAUAAUGCCCUCCUGCCUGCGGGUUUCCGCCAGAAGAACCAGACAUCAAAAUCAGCCACAGGGCCAUUUGAUCGAGAACACCUGCUUUCAUAUCUGGAGAAGGAAGCCCUGGAACAGAAGGACCGGGAAGACUAUGUGCCCUACACAGGAGAAAAGAAAGGGAAAAUAUUUAUCCCCAAACAGAAGCCUGUACAGACUUUGACAGAAGAAAAUGUAUCUCUUGAUCCAGAAUUAGAAGAAGCUUUGACAAGUGCUACUGAUACAGAAUUAUCUGACCUCGCAGCUAUUCUUGGGAUGCACAACCUGAUAACAAACGCACAGUUCUGUAAUGUAGUGGGCAGUAGUAAUGGAGUCGACCAACAUUUUUCAAAUGUGGUAAAAGGGGAAACAAUUGUUCCAGUGUUUGAUGAGCCACCAAAUCCAACCAAUGUUGAAGAGAGCUUAAAGAGAAUUAAAGAAAAUGAUGCUCGUCUUGUUGAAGUUAAUUUGAAUAAUAUAAAGAACAUUCCAAUUCCUACCCUGAAAGAUUUUGCAAAGUCUUUGGAAAACAACACACAUGUGAAGCAAUUCAGUCUUGCAGCCACCCGGAGCAAUGACCCCAUUGCUGUGGCUUUUGCAGAUAUGUUGAAAGUGAACAAAACUUUGAAGAGCUUAAAUAUGGAGUCCAACUUCAUUACUGCAGCCGGAGUUCUAGCACUGAUUGAUGCUUUAAAGGAAAAUGAGACUCUGGCAGAGCUUAAGAUCGACAAUCAGAGGCAGCAGUUGGGAACAGCUGUAGAGUUAGAGAUGGCCAAGAUGCUGGAGGAAAAUACAAAUAUCCUUAAAUUUGGGUAUCAGUUUACACAGCAGGGACCUCGAACCAGGGCGGCUAACGCUAUAACAAAAAACAAUGACUUAGUACGUAAGAGGAGAGUUGAAGGAGACCCACAGUGAGUCCAGCAACAUCUAACGUUGGGAAGCCUACAGAAGAUCACCAAGUGUUGGUGACAUCUGAUAUGAAAGUGUCCUGGGUAUAAGGGAAAAAGACUGGAAACACUUUGUUUAGCUAUAUUCAUUAUUUUCCUUGUGUAAGUUGUUAUCAGUUUCCAAUUGUAAAAUUGGUAGUAGGUGAUAUUUUAUAUUUUAUAUUUGAAGCAUUUCCACUUUCUACUAAUACCAGUUUUUAAUGUAGUCCUGUUGAAUGGUUUAUUAUGAGUCUUGGGGGG